AUGUCCAUCUGUCCAUUUCUGCACCCUACCUGGGCCCUAGGCACUUUGAUCUUGUUCAGGUUUCCCCUCCAGCACCAAGCCACAACCAAGCCAGAUCUGACUCCUUCCAUCCCACUUAGGGCUGGUCUUUUCCUUCCUCUCUUCCCCAGAAACUCUGACCAGGUGGGAGUCCCAGCCCUGGACUCUCUUAAGUGGGCCUGGGACCUGAAGCUCUUGUGCCAAAGAAUGGGAGUGUCUGCCGUGAGCUGGCUCUGGGAGUGGCAGCGUCUGGUAGGAACAGGAUCCAGGAAGGGUGCUAGGGUAGGGCUUCGGGUUAGUGUUGGUCUGGAGAUCAGACUGGGAUGA